UGUGUUUAGUUUUAGUAAGUAUUUUGCAAUGCACUAAGACACUUGACUUGCGUAUUAUAAAAAAUAAAAUAAAAGUAGGUAUUUGAGGAAAAUGUUAUUGAUAUUACUACUACUCGUUGCUCUCUGUGCAGCAGUGUAUUACUAUGUAUUUGUGCCUCUAACGUUUUGGAGGAAAAAUGAAGUAAAGCAGAAAGGUUUGUUUGCUUCUUUUCUGGAUACUUUCGUGUUUUUGAAAAAGAAAAGUGUGGCCGAUCUGGUAACAACUUGGUACGGGGAGUUUCCGAACACUAGGUAUAGUGGCAUUUACCAGUUUGGAAAUCCAGUUCUAAUUUUGAGAGACCCAGAUUUAAUCAAACAAAUUUGGAUUAAAGAUUUUGAGCAUUUUACUGAUCGUAGGACAUAUAUUCCCGAAGAUCUUGAUCCUUUAUUUGGAAAAAGUAUCUUUUCUUUAAAAGGCGAACGAUGGAAGAACAUGAGAUCCAUUGUAAGCCCCACAUUCACCAGCAGCAAGAUGAAAUACAUGUUUGUUUUAAUAAAGGAAUGCUGUGACAAUUUCACAAACUACUUUUUGAAGCAAGGUUCUCACAUUCAAGAAGUACAAUUCAAAGACGCAUCCGGUCGAUUUUGUACUGACGUUAUAGCUUCCAUAGCGUUCGGUAUUAACUUAGACUCUCUAGACCAAAAGGACAACGAAUUUUAUGCCAUGGUCAGUAGGGUUUCUAAUCUUAACAAAUUUAGUAAACUUAUCAGAUUCAUGGGAUUUUUGUUGGCUCCGAAGUUAUACAGAUUUCUUGGCUUAAAACUCUCCGACAAAGAAGAAACUUCAUUUUUUGUAAACCUUGUCAAUGAUUCCAUCAAGCAAAGGGAAGAGAAAGGUAUCGUUCGACCAGACACAAUACAAUUGCUGUUAGAAACUAGGAAAAAUGAAAAACCUGAGGAAGACGCAACGACUGAAGAUACAGGAUUUGCUGCAAUGGAGGAGGUUAAAAUUGUAAGGGAAAAACUGAAUAUAAAGUUGACCGACGAGGACAUACAAGCUCAAUCGUUUCUCUUCUUCUUCGCUGGAUAUGAAUCAGUUUCAACCAUGAUGUGCUGCAUGGCUCAUGAGUUAGCUGUUAACACAGAUAUUCAAGACAGGCUUAGAAAAGAAAUUGUUGAAACUGAUAAAAACUGUAGCGGAAAAUUGACAUAUGAUAGUCUCGUCCGUAUGAAGUACCUCGAUAUGGUCACAUCAGAAGUUCUUCGAAAAUGGCCUGCGCAAGCUGGUGCCGAACGUGUAUGCACAAAACCUUACAUCAUCGAACCAUCCACGCCUGAAGAAACUCCUCUACACCUUGAAAAAGGCCACGUAGUGGUAAUCCCCACGUUCGGCAUGCACCGUGAUCCCGAUUUGUUCCCAAAUCCAGACCGUUUCGAUCCAGAGCGAUUCAACGACGAGAACAAACACAAAAUUAUACCUGGUAGUUACACCCCUUUCGGGAUGGGACCUAGAGGGUGUAUAGCCUCGAGAUUGGCCAUUUUAGAAACGAAAAUAUUCUUCUACAGUGUGCUUUUGAGGUUGAAAAUUGUGCCUGUGGAAAAGACCUGUAUACCCUUGAAACUGACGAAGAGUCCGGCACUUAUUGGAGUAGAAGAUGGAUGUUGGUUAGGAUUGAAACGCAUUGAAUAAUCAAUAAAAUAUAAGACAAGUGUUUAAUUUUUGUUUUAAGAUUGUUGUAGAGGUUUGUAAAUAAUAAACUGUAAUUUAUAA